AUGUUCAAAGAAGAUAAAAGCAAGUCAAAAGUACACUCUGAGUUUUAAGUAGAAUUAGUGGUCUAUUUAGACGAAGAAGAUUAAAUCAAAGAGGUUUUUGAGUUAAAUAUUGGUAACAAUGUGGUCGGUAGUAGUUCUAAAGAUUCUACCAUAGUUAUCAAUAAACCAGAAAUAGAAAAAAAACAUUUUUAAAUAGAAAUAGAAUAUGAUUAAAAGAUGAACACGUUAUUAUGCCAAAUUUAAUCUUUAAAGAGUGAGCAUGGAACUUAAAAAAAGCUAAAAGAUGGUAAUUUUACUGGAUUUCUUCCAGGAAAGUGGAAUCCUAUUGGAGAUCUUAGCAAAGAGUAUGCGUUUUAUAUAGCUAAGAAAUACAAAGCUCUUGUUAGAAAGGUUGCUAAAAAUAUUAAAUCAAGUAGAUCUAUAGAAGCAUCUUCAAAUUAAAAUUCAAAUCCUAAUCCUAUAAACAAAAUCAAUUUCUUAAAAUCCUUAGAUAACUUAGAUGCUGGUGAAAUAAAUAAAGAAAAUAAUUAGAUGGAAACAAAAAGUGAUAUAGUUGUAUAAAAUAACAUAUCUGCGUAAGAUAAUUCUGCCACUAAACCAAAGAUGUUUGGAAAAAAUUUUAAGCCAAAAAACUCUUCAAUAGAUGCAAAUAAGAAUCUUCAUAGUAAAUUUAAAACUCCUACAGUAUCAACAGAGAAAUAGCCUGAUGUAGCUUAAAAAAUGGAAGUAGAAAAGACUGAUAAAAAAAAUUCUGACAAAAAAAAUGAAAAUAAAUUAGAUUCUGGACCAAUAGUAACAUUAAAAGUACCAAGUAGUCCCUAGGUGAAAAGCUCAAAAUCAAAAGAAACAGAUUAAAAUAAAUCAAAGUUAAAAGAAACUAAGUAAGCUAAUCAAGUAGCAGAAGCAAAAUAAACUGAUGAAACAAAUGCAAAGUAAAACAAUGAGGCACAAGGAAAAUAAAAAGGUAAAAGUAGAAAAAAUUAAAAUAAAAAAAAAGACUCUUCAGAUUUGGAUCUCAGCUUAGAUUUAAGUUUAGAUAUGAGUGAUGAAGACAAAAAAUAAAAAAACGCAAAGCAAUAAAUGAUAGAUGAGAAAGAAGUAAUCAAAAUUGCAAGUACAGAUGACGAAGAUGAAGAAGAUAGGGCUUUAUAAAAAAAGCAAGCAAACAAAAAUUAAAUGAAUAAAGAAGUUGAAUCAACCACUAAGGCUGAUACAAAAACCACUGCAAAGAGUAGCAAUAAAGAAAAAUAACCAAAUAAAAGAAAUACAUCUAAAGACAAUAAAUAAUAAUCAGAUGACGAAAAGUAGUAAAAAACAAGCUUACUCAACAAGAAGAGAAAAGCUGAUGAAAAUAAAGAAUCAAAAUUAAUGGACAUUGAGGAGGAAUAAGAGCAUGCUGAAAAUUCAAAAAAAGAUAUUUAAACUAAAUCAAUCAAAGAAAAUGCUUAGAAGAAGGGAAGUCUAAAACCCACCCUAGCAUAAAAUGCUGUAGGAAUUAAAAAGAGAAAAACAGAUGAAGCUGAUGAAGAAAAAGAUAAUAAAAAGGUUUAAGCCACAACUGUCAUGAAAGAUGAAACAUAAAAAAUGAAAGACAAAAAAGAAGAAAAGUAAAAAGAUAAAAAAUAAAAUGAUAAUGAUAAUGUUAUGGAAGAUGAAAAUCAACUAAAGAAAAAUUUAAAAAAUAAGUAGAUGGCUUAGGCUAAAUAAAAAGAUGAUAACAAUCAAAAACCAAAAAAAGAAAUGAGUAAAAUAGAAAGUUCUAAAGAAUAAAAAAAAGGAAGCAAAGAAGUAACUACAAAAUCUGCAAAAACCUCAUUAGCUGCUACUAAAAAAGCAGACAAGAAAAAAUAAGUCUUGAAAAAUUAAGAAAAAAGAAACAGUUUAGUUAAGUAAAAUAUAGAAAAUGAGUAAGAAGACAGUGAGGAUGAGUUGUCUUAUGUAAUUAACUCAGACGGAGAAGAAGAAUUUGUUUUAAAAGGAAAUAAAAAUUCAAUAAAAUCUGCUAUAAAACCUUCAAACAAAAAAUUUAAUGUAAUUUUUUCUAACUGUAUGCUAGAUGAGACAGAUGUUUAAAACAAAUUAAGUAAACUUGGUGCUCGUAUAAUGAAGUCUAUUUAAUAACCAUUUAAUAUAUUAAUUAUGGAUUAAUUUACAAGAAGAGCAAAAACAUUAGUUGCCUUGAACAAAGGGGCUAAAAUUAUUUCAAGCCAAUGGGCUCUUGACUGUGUAUGCUAGGAGCAUUUAAUCGAAGAUAUUGAUAAAUAUGAAAUCAAAGUCGAUAAAGCUUUCUGUAAAAAACAUAAAUUUGAUCUGAAAGAGGUCUAAUAAAGAUAUCAAAAUUAGAAUAAACCAAUAUUCUAAGAUGUUAAAUUUAUACUUCCAGAUGAUGAAAACUACGCUAAUAUAGCAAAAGAUGAUUUAGAAUAUAUUAUAAUGACAGCAGGAGGUACUAUCGUAACAGAAGAAGAGUGUGAUGAAAUUGAAGAUAAAUCAAACAUAAAAGUGAUAUUUGAUAAUGAAAAAAGUGAUGAGUCUCACACUACACCAGAAAAGAAUUCAUCGAAAUCAAAAUUAUCAGAUAGUAAAAAGAAAAAUCAAGAUGAAACUAGAAUAAAAUUAUAAUACUCAUAUAAAAAAAAUAAUUUUGACUGUGUUUUGAUUGAGUCUAUUUUCAACUCUUGCCUCCAUCAAAAGGUCUGCAAUUGGAAUGAUUACUAAGUUUGA